UUCAGUCUGUUAGUCUGUCUGUCCGUGCGUUUGGUUUGUUCCUCUUUCACUGUGGAUUAGUAACUCACGCCACGCUGUUAUUUUGCCUGCAGCUUGCCUGAGGUGAAAGAACGCUGGUUGGAUACACUUCACAGGAAAAUUAAAGCAGCAACAGAGAGGGCAGGUUCUAUCACACCCCACCCAAGUGUUCUGAUGAAGGUGCUGAGCAACAGUAUCACAGCUAAAACUCUAACAGGAAGUGACAUGGACCCGUUUAUCGAGUUUCCCCUUGAUGGCGGCACAAAGAUCCCCACCCUGCCCAGGGAGUUGUGUAACGCAAAAGCAACGCAGCCCAUUGAAAAGAGUAAGAGAAGCAUCAGCAUCUUGAGGAAAUUGAAGAGGAGUUCCACCCUCAACAGCAUGUCCUCCUGUCCAGACACAGACUCCAAGAGCCAACUGUUUGGACAGCCUCUCUCCAAGAUCUGUCCAGAGGAUGGGAUGCUUCCCAAGCCCAUCACAGAGAUAUUGGUGCUUCUAUGGAAGAAAGGCCCCUCCACAGAGGGGGUGUUCAGGACGACAUGCAACAAUAAGACUCUAAAGGCCAUCAGGGAGCAGCUCAACAGUGGGAUGGAGGUGGAGAUGGAUGCCCUGCCCGUGGUUCUCCUGGUGGGUCUACUCAAGAGUUUUCUGAACGAGCUCCCGGGACGUCUGCUAGUGUCGGAGCUGUUUGAUACCUGGACGAAGGCCCUCGAGAGUGAGGAUGUCCACCAGAGAGGCUUGCAGCUCAAGAGGGUGGUUGACAAGCUACCAGGGCAUAACAUCCUGCUGCUGCGGAACCUUCUGUGUGUGUUCCACCACAUCACGAAGAGCGUGCACGCCAACAUGAUGGACGCCAAUAAUUUGGCGGUGUGCAUCGCUCCCACUCUGCUGCGGAAGGACGACAUGUCUUUAGACGUGCAGACCGUGAACAAGGUGGUAGAGCUGACAGAGUUCCUGAUAGAGCAUUGCAGUGAGAUCUUUGGAAAAUACAUCCUGAGCCUUUUGGGAGAUCCUGAUGAAGAUAGCUCAGAAUCUGUGUUGUCACAGCGGCACGACUCUGCAUAUGACAGCACUGACCCGGACUCUGAGGGGGACAGCAUGGGGUCCAUGCAGAGAGAGGGGGAAAGUGGCAGCUCGUCCCCAUCUCUCCUCUCCGCGUGCAGGAUGGAACGUGGCACUGUCCCCUCCUGCCCUACCAAUGCCAUCUUCCACUCCUUCACCAACAAGACACCCUUUAACCGCCGCUGCUCAGAGCCAAUCAUCUUCCUCUCUGCUGGGAAAAGGAACCUGGCCCGUAGCCAUGACGACUUCUCCGUGGAGGGCCGGGACUUUGAGGAGCAGCCACUCAAAAAGCAGAUCUCUAAUGACUCCUUCCUGCUCCCGGGGCAUGGUGCCGCUACCAGGCCUGCCGCCACGCUGUCCCUUCCCAAACUCGGCGGCAGCCAUCCGUCAUGCUCGUCAUCCUGCUCCCUGGCGAGCACCACCUCCAAUGCAUCGGAGGGUUCUGUGUUUACCAGCUCGCCGCUGGCCUCCCCGGGCUGCCCACGCAGGGCCCAGUCCACACAUCCGAGGGCGGACACGGUGGAAGUGGCCAAGCGACGCACCCAGUCCAUGAAGGUGAACAGCAAAGCCCCGAUGACGACCAAGAACCUGGGAACAUUCGCCCGAAUCAGUCUGAAGAAAGGCCACCUCCAGAAGGAGAAACCUUUCCCUUGUGGAACCCUUCAGGAGGACUCCCAGAGUGAGGCCGAGGCUCCUCUCAGGCAGAAGCAUCCCCUGUCUGCCAUGGAGGCCUUCCAGCAGGUGGAUAACAGACUGCCAUUGCAACCCCCCUCGUACGAGCAGGCAGUCCAGAGUGUGGCUCAGCUCACCCUGUCACAUUACGGCUCCAUGACUGUCAAGGCCGCAGCCGCCACUCUUAGCAGGAAUUCGCGCCCAGCUUCUAUGAACGCAAACUUCAUGUACUCCUGUACCGUCAAUCAAUACGCAGACUGCUUCUUUCAGGGGACAGACAGUGAUGAUGUCACCGCAGUCCAACAACAUUCCGGAGGGUUCCGCCAGCGAGCGAUGUCUGAGUCUGUGUCGAGAGCACGCCAUGAGACCAUGUCACAUCAUGAGACGGUGUCACGGAGGUGCAGCCAGCCCGUAUUCGAGGAGUAUUCUUACGCCAAGGAGUCCUACGUUUAAUGACCUUUUUCUGACAUUAUAUCUCACUUUUCACUUUGAAUGUACAUAAACUAUAAUGUACAACUGCUAGGUUGAACUUGCUGAGUAGUACUGUUUAGAGUACGGAAUGAAAGAUAUUUCACCCAAAAAGCUAUUAAUGAAGGUAGAUACUCCUCUAGUGUAUCUACAGAAAAGCUAUGUAAAUAAUCACAAUCUGAAUCUGCAGGUAUUUUGGAUAUAUCUCCUCCAGUUUUACUUUUGUUAAUAUACUGAUAUGUACUGUACAUAAAUGUGUAACUUUGUAAAAAUUUGUGUAUUUUUGUGUCUUGACUCUACAACAUAUUUCUUUCCACUACAAUAAAGCACCUUUAUGUUA